AGUUGAUGGAAUCCUACAGCACGCUCAACCACGCCCGCCUCCUCGACACAAAUCGCAGCGUCUGCGAGAUCCAAUUCUCCCAAAUUCUCUCUUUCAUCCACGCCUCCCCCUUCGACCCCCCCGAACACAUCCGGCAAUUCUAUUCCUCAAUGCGCAACCGUCGCCGACAACACGAUAAAUUUCUCUUGCACGCCCUCCACGAGUCUCCCAGCCUCAAAACUUUCGGCACGGAGCCCACAUCGUCUCAAAUCAUUGUCAGCUCGCCGUUUCGCACACGCCAUCUCGUCAGGGACUUUGCCGCAGAUGUUCUAGAUAUUCUUGACGGGGCGAGGACACCGGUGGUGUGGAUUUUACAUAAGCCGUCAUCUGACAUUAGUGAACAAAAACUGAUCACGAGGAUCGAAGUCGUCAAGCAAUUAGUCUAUCAGAUCUUGCAGAAAAACCACACCAUGCUCGACGAGCGCUCCUUCAGCCUCAGUGCCGUGCGCUUCCAAAGCGCGAGGACCGAAAAUGAAUGGUUCGCGCUGCUGGGUUCUGUUCUGGCCGGAUUCAAACAAAUAUACAUUGUCGUCGACACGGCGCUUUUAGGCGAGAUCGAAGAAGAACGGCUUACGACAACAUGGCUAAAGCGAUUUAGAGAGUUGUUUGCUGAACUAAGGAACAGGCCGAAUUCCACGGUUGUCAAGGUAUUGUUUAUUAAUUAUAAGCCGACCUUCACCCAGGGGUUAGCGGCGGAGUAUUAGGCGAGUAUUGUGCGGGUGUCCGAAAGGAUAGUAGAGAAAUCGAAAGGAGGUCGAAGUUUUAGAAAGAGGAGGAAGAGAGCGCAG